UCCGUCAUAUCUCUCAUUUUCAAACUCACAUUUCUGUUUUUCUCUGUGUCUUAACUCGAAAAAUUCAUACCCCAAAAUAAAUUUUCUUUUACUUUUUUUUUUUUGGAUAAAAAUUUAGCUAUGGCUGAAAGCUGUGGCAGAAAGCUGGUGGUGGAAGUUUGCAACGCGAAGAAUCUAAUGCCGAAAGACGGUCAAGGAACAGCGAGUGCCUACGCCAUUGUAGACUUUGAUGGGCAGAGGCGGAGAACGAAGACAAAGUUCAGAGAUCUGAACCCGGAGUGGGACGAGAAGCACGAGUUUAUGGUCCAUGACAAGGAGACCAUGGAGUCGGAGAUGUUGGAGAUCAAUCUCUACAACGACAAGAAGACUGGUAAGAGAAGCAACUUUCUUGGUAAAGUAAAGAUGGCUGGAACCACUUUUGCCAAGUCCAGCUCAGAAGCCGUUGUGUACUAUCCGUUAGAGAAGCGGAGCGUGUUUUCACAGAUUAAAGGAGAGCUUGGGCUUAAAGUCUAUUACAUUGACGAGAAUCCAGAUCCAGCGGCUGCGGAGGAAGAGAAGAAACCACCCACGGAAGAGGAAAAGACGAAGACGGAAGAGAAAGUAGAGGCAGUACCGGAGAAGGAGGAGGAGAAAAAGAAAGAAGAGGAAGAAGAGAAACCAAAAGAAGACGCAGCAGCAGCGGCUAAAGAACAGGAGGAAGCGCCUAAACCCGAAGAAGCUCCUCCAGCUGAGGUACACUCCGAGAAGAAGCAGCAAACUAAUAGUGAAGAAAAUUUAAAAUCCGAGUCCGGAGAUGUUGUUGUUGUUGGAGGCUUAAACGAGGCUGAGCUGCUACGUUCUCUUAGAAGCGGUCGGAGUCGUGGUGGUAGUGCUGACGAUCUGGUGGAUCGUAUGCCUUUUUUAUAUGUUCGUGUGGUUAAGGUUAAGGUUAAGUCUGAAGAAUCUGUUGCGCCUUCUUCUUCCUGCUUUUAUGCCAAGCUUGUGAUCGGAACACACAGUAUCAAAACCAACAAGAGUCAGAGUGAUAAGGAUUGGGAUCAAGUUUUUGCGUUUGAUAAAGAGGGAUUGAAUUCCACUUCAUUAGAACUGUCUGUGUACAGGGCUGAUGAAGUCUCUGCCUCUGCCUCUGACUCUGAGAGCUGUUGUUGUUUGGGAACGGUGUCGUUCGAUUUACAAGAAGUCCCAAAGCGAGUUCCACCAGAUAGUCCUUUAGCUCCUCAAUGGUACACUUUGGAUUUGGAAUCCGAAAAUCCUUCUUCAGCUUCAGGAGGAAAUGACGUCAUGCUGGCUGUUUGGUUCGGAACUCAAACCGACGAGGCUUUCCAGGAGGCUUGGCAGUCGGAUUCGGGUGGGUUGAUACCGGAGACCCGAGCUAAGGUCUACUUGUCUCCAAAGCUUUGGUAUCUGAGACUAACGGUCAUCCAAACCCAAGAUUUGCAAUUGCAGCAGCUAUCCGAACCUAUUAAUAAUAAUAACAACAACAAGGUUCGGAGUCGGAGUCCAGAUAAUUAUUAUUAUGUAGUAAAGGCUCAGUUGGGGGCUCAAGUAUUUAAGACGUGCAGGAGCAGGACAUCUGGCAGCUCAGCAAAUAAUCCUACGUGGAAUGAAGAUCUUGUUUUCGUGGCUGCUGAGCCGUUUGAGCCGUUUUUGGUGGUAACAGUUGAGGAUGUGAGUAACGGUAACGGACAACAGUCGUCGUCAGUGGGCCAUGCUAAGAUACAUGUGGCGAGCAUUGAGAGGAGGAUAGACGAUCAGACGGAUCCAAAAUCAAGAUGGUUCAAUUUGGUUGGUGGUGCUGAUGGUGGUUUUUCGUACACUGGAAGAAUACACGUCCGAGUAUGUUUGGAAGGUGGAUAUCACGUGCUAGAUGAGGCUGCGCACGUGACUAGCGAUGUUCGUGCUUCCUCCAAGCAGCUAGCCAAACCUCCAAUAGGCUUGCUUGAGGUUGGGAUUCGUGGCGCCACAAAUUUACUACCCGUCAAAACCAAAGAUAACGGUACACGUGGCACCGUCGACGCUUACGUGGUCGCCAAGUAUGGUCCCAAGUGGGUUCGUACGCGUACCAUUCUGGAUCGCUUUACUCCACGGUGGAACGAACAAUAUACUUGGGAUGUGUAUGAUCCUUGCACAGUACUUACUAUUGGGGUUUUCGAUAAUGGAAGGUACAAAUCCAAAUCUGAGAAAGAUGUACGCAUUGGAAAAAUACGUGUACGCCUAUCCACGCUCGAUUCAAAUCGGAUCUACAUAAAUUCGUAUCCCCUCACAGUAUUGCUUCCCAAUGGGGCCAAUAAAAUGGGAGAGAUUGAGAUAGCCGUUAGAUUCACUUGCCCAUCUUGGUUGAGCCUAAUCCAAGCCUACACGUGUCCGAUGCUUCCGAGAAUGCAUUAUGUCCGUCCGAUGGGUCCCGCCCAACAAGAUAUCCUACGCCACACAGCAAUGAAAAUAGUGACGACUCGUUUAGCAAGGUCCGAACCAGCUUUGGGUCAAGAAGUGGUGCAAUUCAUGUUGGACUCAGACACGCACGUGUGGAGCAUGAGAAGAAGCAAAGCCAAUUGGUUCCGAGUGGUGGGUUGCCUAACACGUGCUGCCACGUUGGCACGUUGGCUAGAUGGGAUUCGCACGUGGGUACAUCCUCCCACAACUAUGUUAGUACACGUGGUGCUAAUAGCUCUUGCUCUGUGUCCCAAUCUAGUGCUCCCCACUGUAUUCAUGUACGCUUUCUUGAUGAUCCUAUUGAGAUUUCGAUAUCGCCAUAGGGUCCCACACAAUAUAGACACAAGACUGUCCUACGUGGAAGCAGUGAGCCUCGAUGAGCUUGAUGAAGAAUUCGAUGGGUUUCCAACCACACGAUCACCAGAACAGGUUAGAAUCAGGUACGAUCGGUUGCGAGCGUUAGCUGGGCGAGCCCAAAUACUUUUAGGUGACGUGGCAGCACAAGGUGAGAGAUUGGAGGCUUUGUUUAGCUGGAAGGACCCACGGGCUACUGGAAUUUUUGUCGUUUUCUGUUUGUUUGCGUCGUUGAUGUUUUAUGCUGUGCCGUUUAAAGCCUUUGUGUUGGUGUCGGGGUUUUAUUAUCUGCGCCAUCCUAGGUUCCGCCACGACAUGCCGUCUAUCCCAGUCAACGUUUUCAAGCGACUGCCUUCACUUUCCGACCAAAUUAUGUAGAGACUAGACUAGAGAGACUUUUCUUUCUUUCUUUUGUUCUUACCUAUAAAACAUUGUUUUAUUGUUUAGUAUUGCAUUUAUUUUUUUAUUAAUUAAAGCAAUAGUGGGAUUUAAAGUGGGGGAAAAUAAUGUGGUUGGUAUGCAAUUUGAAAAGGCUGAAAAAGUUACCGUUA